AUGACUCUCUCCACUUCUAUGGUUUCCCUUAAGGCGAUGUUUUGGACCAUUAAACAUGAGGGACAAGGCAUCUAUUUGGAGUUAGAGGCGCUAGACAUGGAAAGGGAACCAGACCAGCCACUUCCUGCCCAGAUCAGUGCACUAUUGCAGCUUCAUCCAAGGGUUUUGAAUAUGCCGGAUGGACUCCCACCUCAACGUAUGCAUGAUCACCGUAUUGUGCUUCAACCGGGCACUGCCCCUAUUAGUGUUAGACCCUACAAGUAUCCCCAUUUUCAGAAAAAUGAGAUUGAAAAGCUGAUUCAAGCUAUGUUGGAUUGGCCCACUCCCGGUUCUAUUAAGGAGUUGCGUGGAUUUUUGGGUUUGACCGGUUAUUACCGGCGUUUCGUGACAGGGUAUGGCCAUCUUUCCUGGCCAUUGACACAACAAUUGAAGGACAGUUUUAAUUGGUCGGAAGAGGCUGAGGCUGCUUUCCAAAGAUUGAAACAAGCCAUGACUACAGUUCCGAUUCUAGCAUUACCGGAUUUUUCACAACCAUUUGUGGUAGAAUCCGAUGCUUCGGGUUUUGGGAUUGGCGCGAUUUUAAUGCAACAGCAGCGGCCUAUAGCCUACUUUAGUCAGCUAUUAUCUCUUCAAGCUAGGGCUAAGUCCGUUUAUGAGCGCGAGUUAAUGGCUGUGGUGUUGGCAAUCCAGAAAUGGCGACAUUAUCUCCUUGGGCGGCAUUUCAUUGUCCGCACUGACCAGAGAAGUUUAAAAUUUUUGUUGGAGCAGCGAUUAGUUGGGGAAGAGCACCAGAAAUGGCUGUGCAAACUGUUGGGUUAUGAUUUUGAGAUCCAAUAUAAGCUAGGGUCCGAGAACCGCGUGGCUGAUGCUUUAUCCAGGCGGUCUUCGGGGUUGGAGUUGAUGCACCUUACCACUUCCGCGCUAUAUGAUGGAGCUGAAAUUCGGCAGCAACUUUUGGGUGAUCUGAAGUUGGCAGGAAUUCGGAAGGAGUUGCUGGGCAAUCCAUUGGGGGUGAAGGGGUUCUCUUUAUGUAAUGACAUGUUGCUUUGCAAGGGUCGGGUGGUCCUGACUCGACUAUCUCUUCUUUUAUCGGUCCUUUUGAAUGAAUUCCAUGGCAGUAAGGUUGGAGGACAUUCGGGAAUCCUAAAGACGUUCAAACGAUUGUCCUCCGAGUUCUUUUGGUAUGGCAUGAAAAAGGAUGUAGUCUCUUUUGUAGCAGCUUGUCAAGUGUGUCAACAAAACAAGGCGUCUACCUUGGCUCCUGAGGAGGCUAUUACAACCAUUGCCACUGCCGAACCAGGAAUGACUCCUUUCAGGGCAUUGUAUGGUCGUGACCCUCCUAAAUUGCUGCGUUUUGAGUUGGGUUCCACAGCUAACUCUUUGUUGGAGGAGCAAUUGCAAAUGAGGGAUGCUAUUUUAGAGGAGCUGCAAGGCCACUUGCUUCAGGCGUAA